UCCAACCGCGUCCAGAACCUACCCAACUCUCGUUACGUGCGUACCGGAAAAAUGACUCCGGAGACGACUCCGAGCAGUUCCGGGAGUGACAACCCCAAGAGACAGUUGAAAGGUGCCGAAGAACGGCUGAUGGUGGCUGUGCGGAUACGACCGUUGAAAAACGACGAACCCCAACGGUGUUUGUUCGCAAUCAACAAAAAGAAUAUUGUGAUUGAAGAUAGUGACAGGAGCGAUGUUUUGAGACAGAGGAGAAGCUAUGAUAAGCAAUAUUCGUUUGAUGUGGUUUUUGGGGAAAAUUCCACUCAAGAAGAGGUGUAUAAGGUCACGACAAGUAGUCUCGUCCAAGACGUGCUCAACGGCUACAACGCCACCGUUUUCGCUUAUGGGCCCACCGGCGCUGGUAAGACCCACACCAUGGUGGGUGACUCAUCCCAGCCCGGCAUCAUGGUGCGUGCCUUGAACGACAUCUUCGAAGCAGUCAAAGAAAAACAGGAUCAAUAUUCGGUCUCGAUGUCGUACUUGGAGCUCUAUAACGAGCAGAUCCGCGACCUUCUCAACCCUUCUUCCGGGUACCUCGAGCUCCGGGAGGACUCCAGAGGGCGCAACAUACAAGUGGCCGGCCUUCAGGAAAUUUCAACGACAUCUACCGACGAGGUAAUGCAAUUGUUGCAAAAAGGCAACAAAGCUCGAACUAUCGAACCCACAGCUAUGAACAAAACCUCGUCACGUAGUCACGCCCUUUUGAGCGUUACAGUCAAACACUCGGUGCCUCUAGACAAGAAAGAACAUCUCCGAAUGAGAAUCAAACAAGGGCGCCUUUUCAUGAUCGAUCUAGCCGGCUCUGAGCGAGCCAACAAGACAAAAAACCGCGGGAAACGCCUCCAAGAGGGCGCCCACAUCAACCGCUCACUCCUCGCACUUGGAAAUUGCAUCAACGCGUUGAGUGGUGGGGCGAGAUAUGUGAAUUACCGGGACUCCAAGCUUACUAGAUUACUAAAAGAGGCCUUAAGUGGGAAUUGUCGGACGGUUAUGAUCGCACACGUGUCACCAAGUGUCACUCAAAAAGACGAGUCCAGAAACACCCUAAUUUAUGCCGAUAGAGCUAACAAUAUAUCAACGAAAGCUGAACGAAAUGUAUUGGAUGUUUCGUAUCACGUGACGCAAUACCAGACGGUUAUUAACGAAUUGAGAGACGAGAUCUCCCGAUUGCAACAGAAGAUGAACGAGGAGAGGCCGAGGUCGGCCGAUGUCAGACGAAUGAAUGCCGAGGAGCGAAGCAACGAGGUGAAGAAGUUGAGGGAGCAGAUUGUCGAAACUUUCAAGACUCAGAUGAAGUUGAGGAGGAAGUUGAUGGAGAUUGACUCGCAUUUGUUGGGGUUGGGGAUGGAGGCGGAGCGACAACACUUGAUUAUCUCCCAUUGGGAGUCGAGGAAUAACAAAUUGUACAAAAAUAGUGUUAAUGAAUCAAGGGCGAGAACGCAGCAGAGUAUCCGGCGCCGGAAGUUGGUCAGUGUUGACGGCUUCCGGUCGGCCGGAAAUGAACAAGAAGGGGAGGAGGAGGGGGAUUUUGAGGUGGAAGGGGAAACGGCAAUCCAGCAGGCGUGGGGGGAGCUUGGUGAUAUAGAAAGGGAGCAAGAGAGGUGGUCGGAACUCCGCAGUCACAUCGAACAGAAGUUGGAGGUUUGCCGACAACGAGGAGUUGCUUUGGAGGAUAAACUUCCUUCAUUAUUGUCAUCCGAUGACGAGCGCGAAAUCCUAGCCCUCAUGUGCCGAGUCCACGAACUAGAAGCCGACAAGAUGGCGCUUCAGUCGGAACGACUCGUUCGCCAGCACGAACUUCGCCGAAGAGACCUCCUAAUACUGCGCUAUGACCGGCAACGCCAACUUUGCGAGGAAAUAAUCACCAGACAGAGGCAACUGAUCGAAGAAGGCAAAAUCAAGUUACCACCGGAUUUGCAAGAACUGUACCAGUUCUACCAACAGGAGAUACACGCGGCGACUUACACCGACCUCACCCCCUCCACGGAGAAACUACCACCAAUCAGCAAAAUUUACAGUGACCCCAUUUUUCGGAGAGGGGGGACUGGGGAGAGUGGGAGUGACGGGAGCGGGCCUUCCCCGCCCUCGUCGGCCGACUCGGAUGAUAUUCCGGCAUUGCCAACCCUAAACGAUGAAAGUAUCGAUAGGGUUAUGGGGCAGGUGGUGUCACGGCCAGGGGCACCAAUGAGGCUUCCGCCUUUACCUCCAAGUCCGACUUUGAGGCUACCGAGGACUUCGACGAGCCACAUGAGACGCGCCAUAAGUGAGGACAGGAUAGGUGAAGGGAUUUAAAACGCACAUUUUUAUUGUACUUGUAGAUUAAAUAAAGUUUUCAAAAAUAAAUUAAACAACAUAGACGAAA